GGAAAUAUGGUGAUGCGCUUGGAUCUCGUCCAAUAGUUUUUUCGGGUUCAUUUGAUUGGCAUAGCAGCAGACAGAUGUCAUUGGUUUCUAUGCGGUUUCUAGGAAGUGAACGCCACGAUUCUAACCACCUCCCACAUGUGAUCUCCUGUCGAUAGCACCACGCGUAGCGUGUGAAGGAGAGAGAAACCGGUCGGGAAAGCAACGUCAUUCCUCGGACCACCGACUCGACGUAACGCAGCAGAUAGAGAGCGGAGAGGAGCGGCGUUGUCCGUGGCAGGUGGUGAAGCGAUUACAGCAGAAAGAUGGCGGACGACCCCAGCGCGGCGGAUAGGAACGUGGAGAUAUGGAAAAUCAAGAAGCUGAUCAAAAGUUUGGAAGCUGCCCGUGGUAAUGGCACCAGUAUGAUCUCAUUGAUCAUCCCUCCUAAGGACCAGGUAUCCAGAGUGGCCAAGAUGUUGGCUGAUGAAUUCGGCACUGCUUCCAACAUCAAGAGUCGAGUGAACAGACUCUCUGUUCUUGGGGCCAUCACCUCUGUACAGCAAAGACUAAAACUCUACAACAAGGUGCCACCUAAUGGUUUAGUUGUGUAUUGUGGCACCAUUGUGACAGAGGAAGGCAAGGAGAAGAAAGUCAAUAUUGACUUUGAGCCUUUUAAGCCAAUCAACACCUCUCUGUACCUCUGUGACAACAAGUUCCACACAGAGGCAUUGACGGCCUUGCUCUCUGAUGACAGUAAGUUUGGCUUUAUUGUGAUCGACGGUAGCGGGGCACUGUUCGGCACACUGCAGGGCAACACCAGGGAGGUGCUGCACAAGUUCACCGUGGACCUACCCAAGAAGCACGGCAGAGGAGGACAAUCUGCCCUGCGUUUCGCUCGUCUUAGAAUGGAGAAAAGACAUAACUAUGUGAGAAAGGUGGCUGAGACAGCCGUCCAGCUCUUCGUGUCCAAUGACAAAGUUAACGUUGCUGGAAUGGUCUUAGCUGGCUCAGCUGAUUUCAAAACUGAACUCAGCCAGUCAGACAUGUUUGACCCGAGAUUACAGGCCAAGGUUCUGAAACUGGUGGACAUCUCCUAUGGAGGAGAAAAUGGUUUCAACCAGGCUAUCGAGCUCUCAGCAGAGGUUCUCUCAAAUGUCAAGUUCAUCCAGGAGAAGAAGCUCAUAGGCCGGUACUUUGAUGAGAUCAGUCAGGACACCGGAAAAUACUGCUUUGGAGUGGAGGACACUCUCAAAGCCUUGGAAAUGGGAGCCGUGGAGAUCCUCAUAGUCUAUGAGAACUUGGACACCAUGCGUUAUGUUUUACGUGUGCAUGGGGCUGAGAGCAAUGGAUUAGAGAAUGAUGAGAAGACUUUGUACUUGACGCCAGAGCAAGAGAAAGACAAGUCUCACUUCACAGACAAAGAAACGGGGCAGGAGCACGAGCUGAUCGAGAGCAUGCCGUUGCUGGAGUGGUUUGCAAACAACUACAAGAAAUUUGGAGCCACGCUGGAAAUAGUAACAGACAAGAGCCAGGAAGGGUCCCAGUUUGUCAAGGGCUUUGGAGGCAUUGGGGGUAUCUUGCGGUACAGGGUGGAUUUCCAGGGCAUGGAGUACCAAGGAGAGGACGACGAGUUCUUUGAUUUGGAUGACUACUAGGUAGUCUUGGACUGAUAUUGGGAGUAAAAAAAGAAAAAGAAAUGAAUGAAGAAAUGAGGAAAGAAAAAUGCCACCUCUCUUGCAGCAAGCGAGAGGGGCAACUGUGUUGAUCAUAUAUAUAUGACAGACACACCUUCAAAUUUCUGUUGCAUACACAAACUUGCAAGUACAUCAGUAGACAAACAAAAUGCAUCACACAGGCUGAAGAGGAGUGAGAUUUUCUUUCAUCCAGAGAGGGAGAAAGCCCUUCCUGAAUAAAUCCCUGCCUUAGAGUGCUGGUUCCUUCCCCUAGAUGGAUUGGACUCGACUCAUUUUGGUUCAUAUUUUUCCCCUCAUCCCCUCCAUUUUGAAUGAACACAACAGCAAGUUCCCAGAUUUCUCGCUGUCCCUAACCCAGUCUGAAGAUGAACUUUGGAAUAUUUCCUCACAUAAAGAAAGUAUAUUUUCCUUUCUUGCCUCAUCGUGUCCCUCUCUCUUUCUCCCCUCUAUGCUUUCUCUUCUUUUUUUUUUUUGCAUUUCAUUUUUUUACUGGUAACUGCUGCUGUUGUAUUUUAUGAGAGUGGGGGAUUUUUUUUACCUGGGUUUCUGUAGAGAAAGGGGGACAAAGUAUUAAAUUUGAACUGCUGAAAACCAUUGCUACCUCCUCAUCUACUGUGGUCUCAAUCUAAUGCUGUGUCUCAUCUGUUCCUUAAAGUUCUUCAGUAUGGCUCUGUGUGUGGGGAAACGUGCAUGACAGUUUAGUGUCAGCCCUUUCAUCAACUGCAUGACGCUGAAACUGAACCCAUUUUAACUUAUAAGAAACCAUAACAAGUUUGUUUGGCAAAAGUAGUGACUUGUAUCCCCCCUGGGCUUGAUAGGCAAUGCUUGGAAAUGUGAUUGAAAUGCCCUAAUUGCCGAUAUAUUGAACAGUGUCUCUGUUUGGAGGCUAGACUUUUUUUUUAUUACUCUUUUAAAGGUUGAUUCUGAACUUUAUUUAAAGACAGACAGUUGUCUUAAAUGAUUGGCACUGCCUCACUUAAUUAGAUAAAUAAAAAGUUGUAUUCAUUUUUUUAUUAUUUGGGGGAAUAGAGGAAAGCUGUUGCAGAAUCUCAUUCCAAGCUUCAUCUUAAAAUGUAAAUUGUAAUACACAUUCCUAACACAUUUGAUCAUCAUUUAACUCCAUGUUAAACUUGCUUGACUCAAGUAUGUUUAAUGAAAUCUAAACGGAAAUAUGUCAUUCAAAUCUGACAUCACAUUCAUUGGUAAUCAUUAGAGUUUACUACCUGCUUCAGAGUAAUUUCACAGGACACAUUUUAACUACCAUGGUGUAGAGGAGUAAGUAUUUCCCCCACUGCAAGUUCUGUUGAAAGGAGAACAAUAACACAAGUAAAUUAGAACAUAGUCAGGUUGUCAGUAUAAGUGCUGUACAAAGCCUAGUAAAGGUCUUUGCAUGCUCAUACAAUCUGGUUCAACCCCAAAGUUUUUAUGAUCAUCUCUAUACUUGUAUGAGGACAUUGUGAUACAGCCAUGUUUGAAUUAUCCCUGUGCAUAUUUAUUGCACACACAUUGCUCCUAUUGGUUACAAAAUGCAUAUUUAA